GUCGAGGUGGAAGGGAUUACCGACAGGUUGCGGUGACAUCGUUUCUAGCAGACGACGUUUGUGUUCAUCUUUCUGUAAAAGGCUGCCAACCUCGGUAAUCAGCUAGAAACAGGAGCAGUUGUACUGUUGGCUCGUUCGUUUUAAUACAUGGCUAUACUGAAAAUUUAGGGAUGAACUGAAAAUGAAUGUCAACCAGCAACCUCACAUGGCCUCACCUUAUGGGCAGCCACAGUCUGGCUACCAGGGCUACCAACAGACUGGUUAUGGGAACCAGCAUGUGCCAGGGGGCUAUCCGACCCCAUACGCACCAUACAAUGGGCCUGCCUCCACCUACCAACCAGGCCCACCGCAAGGAUAUUCUCCUUAUGCAAGCUUUUCUUCUAAGGCUCUUGCAACAAACUUAGUCUCUGACCUGUCCUCUCCCUCUCCUCUUGACUUAGGUAUGAGAGGACCGCCCACCUCCGGGCCCCCUCCAGUGUCUGGUACUCAGGCAUAUUCGCAGUUUGGGCAGGGUGACACACAGAAUGGACCACCACCUAUGGCUGCUCUGCAGCAGAGGCCUUCAGUGUCUCAGCAGUACACUCAUGGAACAAUGCAGCUCUCUGGCCCUCAGUCUUCAUUUAACCAACCGUUUGGUGCACCACCAACCAGUAUGCAGCAGAUGACUAAUCAGAUGUCAGGCAUGCAGAUUGGGUCCACUGUACCAUCCCCUGCUGGUCCAGGAUAUGCUCCUCCCACAGUCUCCCAGGCUUCUGCAUCUGCUGCUUAUACACCUUCAGCACCUUCCUCGUUUGCCCCGUCAUCUGCUGUCCACUCUCAGCCUCUGCCCCCUGACAGUGUGGCUCAGACAGCACCACAACCAUUUUAUGGGGCUCCUCCUACUCCUCCGCAGCCUUUCCCAGGUGCAGCCCCGCCUUUUUCUGCAGCUGGUCCUGCCCAGCCGCCUGCCCCACCCCUUGGCUCUCAGCAGUCUUUCUCUCAAGCCCAUCCUCCCUCACAGCCUCAGUUUACUUCAGCCCCACCCCCAGUUUCCACUGCAUCCUACGGAGGCCCACCUCCCACAACGCAGGCCUCUCAUCCUAGAGCACCGCCUCUCACUUCCCAGCCUUCUACCUUUUCUGGAGGGCCCCCACCCACGUCUUCUCCUUCUCAGUAUCCACAACCCAUGCCACAACAGCCUCCUGUGUCUCAGCCCAACCCUUUCCACUCAGGACCACCACAGCCCACCACUGCUGCUGGAUUUCCACCUCAAGGAGGCCCUCCUCUCCGGGUCCCACACCCAGGUGUUCAGGGGCCCCCCAUGACCUCUCAAGGGCCUCCAACAUCCCAAACAAACCAUGUAGCUCCCCCACAGCCUGGUAUGCUGCCUGGUCCCCCACCUGUAAACAUGGCAGGACCACCAGCACAGCCAAGCAUGCAGGGCUACCCACCUCAGCAGAAUGGUGCUUUUGGACAAGUGAGAGGUCCUCAGCCAGGCUAUGUUGGCCAAUACCCUGGACAGCAGAGCUAUGUAGCUCAGCCUCCUGCCCAAGCUCCUGCUCCUGCACCGAAGAGGCUCGACCCAGACUCCAUCCCCAGCCCGCAAGCCUCUGACAUACCGCCUGUGCAGAAAACAAGACAUAGAAUAGACCCAGACGCUAUUCCCAGCCCAAUUCAGGUGAUUGAGGAUGACAAAUUAAACAAAGGCAAUGAGCCUUUUGUUACUGGGGUCAGAGGUCAGGUCCCACCCCUCGUCACUACUAAGUUCCAGGUUAAAGAUCAAGGGAAUGCCAGUCCACGUUUUAUCCGCUGCACAGCCUAUAACAUGCCCUGUACCUCAGACAUGGCAAAACAGUCCCAGGUGCCCCUGGCCGCAGUCAUCAAGCCGCUGGCUACUCUGCCUCUAGACGAAAAUGGCCCUUAUAUAGUUGACCAUGGGGAAAGCGGUCCGAUCCGCUGUAAUCGCUGCAAGGCCUACAUGUGUCCCUACAUGCAGUUCAUUGAGGGCGGCCGGCGCUUCCAGUGUGGCUUCUGCAGCUGUGUGACAGAGGUUCCUCCCCAUUACUUCCAGCAUUUGGACCACACAGGGAAGCGUGUAGACUGCUACGACAGACCAGAGCUCUCCAUGGGCAGCUAUGAGUUCCUAGCCACAGUGGACUAUUGUAAGAACAACAAGAUUCCUCAGCCUCCUGCCUUCAUCUUCUUGAUUGAUGUGUCCUACAAUGCUGUGAAAAACGGCAUGGUGGCAAUUGUAUGCCAGGAGCUCAAGACAUUGUUGGAUUAUUUGCCCAGAGAGAACCCUAAUGUGGCUUCCAAUAUCCGAGUAGGCUUCGUAACCUACAACAAAGUCCUGCACUUCUAUAAUGUGAAGGCCUCUCUGGCCCAGCCUCAGAUGAUGGUCGUCUCAGAUGUGGCGGACAUGUUUGUACCCCUGCUGGACGGUUUCCUCGUCAAUGUUGCAGAGUCCAGGGUCGUCAUUGAGAGUUUGCUGGACCAGAUUCCUGACAUGUUUGCUGAUACACGAGAGACAGAGACUGUGUUUGGUCCUGUUAUCCAAGCAGGGCUGGAAGCACUCAAGGCUGCAGACUGUGCUGGGAAGCUCUUUGUGUUCCACUCCUCUCUACCCAUUGCUGAGGCUCCAGGCAAACUGAAGAACAGGGAGGACAAAAAGCUGGUGGGCACAGAUAAAGAAAAGUCGUUAUUCCAAGCCCAAGUGAGUUUCUACUCUAACCUGGCAAAGGAGUGCGUAGCACAGGGCUGCUGUGUGGAUCUCUUCCUGUUCCCUAAUCAGUACGUGGAUGUGGCAACAUUAGGGGUGGUCCCCACAUCAACUGGUGGCUCCAUCUAUAAAUACACUUAUUUCCAGGGCCAAGCUGACCAAGAGCGUUUCCUGAAUGAUUUGAGGAAAGAUGUACAGAAGCAGAUGGGCUUUGAUGCGGUGAUGAGGGUCCGUACCAGCACUGGGAUCCGGCCCACAGACUUUUUUGGUUCGUUCUACAUGAGCAACACCACAGAUGUGGAGCUGGCGGGUCUGGACUGUGACAAGACCGUCACAGUAGAGUUCAAGCACGACGACAAGCUCAGCGAGGAGACAGGUGCACUCAUGCAGUGCGCGGUGUUAUACACCAGCUGCAGCGGUCAGCGGAGGCUGCGUGUCCACAACAUGGCAGUGAACUGCUGCACUCAGCUUGCAGACCUGUACAGGAACUGUGAGACAGACACAAUCAUCAACUACUUUGCCAAGUAUGCAUACCGUGGUGUCCUGAACAACCCUACCAAGAAUGUCCGAGACAGUCUGAUAAACCAGUGUGCCCAAAUUCUGGCAUGCUACCGUAAGAACUGUGCCAGCCCGUCUUCUGCUGGACAGCUGAUCCUCCCAGAAUGUAUGAAGCUGCUCCCUGUGUACCUGAACUGUGUGCUGAAGAGUGACAUUCUCCACCCUGGAGCCGACAUCUCCCUGGAUGACCGAGCUUACCUGAGACAGCUGGUCAGCGCUAUGGAUGUAGCAGAGAGUCACGCGUUCUUUUACCCACGGCUCCUUCCAGUGCACAAGCUGAAUGUGGAGGGUAAUGCCCUCCCUGUGGCAGUAAGGGACUCUGAGGAGAGGCUAUCUAAAGGGGGUGUGUACCUGCUGGAGACUGGACUCAACCUUUUCCUCUGGGUGGGGGCCAACGCCCAGCAAGAGCUGCUCCAGAACAUCUUUGGUGCCCCUGCGUUCAGCCAGAUAGACCCCAAUAUGACAUCUUUGCCGAUAUUGGAUAACCCAUACUCGAAGAGGCUGAGGGAGAUUAUUGAGUCUUUCCGGGCACAGCGCUCUCGCUAUAUGAAGCUGAUGGUGGUGAAGCAGGAAGAUAAACUGGAGCUCAUCUUCAAGCACUUCCUGGUGGAGGAUAAGAAUAACAGUGGUGGGGCUUCUUAUGUAGAUUUCUUGUGUCACAUGCAUAAGGAGAUUCGCCAGCUCCUGAGCUAGGAGCCCAGCGCCUCCCUUUCCUCGUCCUCUUUAUUCAGAUGCGCUUUAUCCUUUUUAUUUGAUGUAACAAUAAACUAAUUUCCCCUCUCUCCUCAUCUCUUCUCCUGUAAUAUAAUCUUCUCCAGGGUGAGGAAUGAGCCACAUAUUAUUGGGUCAAGCAAGAAUGCUCUAUCCCAUUCUGGUAUCAGCAUGGUUUUGGUUUUUGAGGGGAGGGUGUGAGUUUUGAAGAGUGUCUGUGUGUGUCUGUGUGUCUGUCCAUGGAUGCUCAUGUACAUCAGUUAGCAUAUAUGUAUGUAAGAUGGUUUUGAUUGGUUCUCCAUUCCCCACAGUUACUCUAGAUCAUCCAAGACAGUAAUAAAGAUCAUCCAGGACAGUAAUAAAGGGAUCAGUUUAUUCAGAAAAAAGUGUUGAUCAGGCAAGAUAAUGAGCAUGUUGGCAGGGGCACUGGCACUGUACUCUUGGUGGUUGGCUGUGUGGAUGGGGAGCAGAAACGGACAGCAUUGCGGCAUGAACCAAACAUUUUUUUUAAAAACAAUGGAGUACGUUCUGUAUGAAAGUAAGUGACAAUUUCCAAGUCUUUUCAUGAAUGUUCAGUUAGACCUCUCUCUUUCAGCCAUGGCCUUACUCAUCCCAUCUCUGUUUAUUACCCAUCCUUGUGAUGUUCUGCUUUAUUUUUGUUACCAUCAUUGUAAUCUUUAUUGUUUUUAAAGUGUCAGAAAAACCCUAUGACUAAUAGAUGAUUUGGGAAGCUGAGUGUAUUUCGAGUGUACUGUUCUCUGUCACACAAACAUCUAACUUUUGAGAUAUAAUGCUCACUAUAAAAUUCUAUGCAUCAGUGUAGCUGUGGAUGGAGGAGCAGGAAAUAUAUGAGCCUAUUACCUGAAUUUAGUAGGAACAGAUAUUGUGCCCUUAUCUAUAAUAGCCAACGUUUGUGGGCCCCUUGGCUUCCAUGUUAAGUGGCCAUGCAUACAGCUGUGUUGUAGUGAGUGCUCUGAUAAUGGAUAAAGGAUUCUCCUAUUGUGGAGAGAAUAUGGACCCUUUAGGAUAUCUCUCAGAAUGGGCCAGAAGUUGUAGUUCAGAUAAGCCAGCUGGACGGCAUUUAUUCACUUGAGCUUUUCUAAAGGAGGAUGGGGAUUGUAGACUAGAUGGUAGCCAUCUUCAAAGGAAGCUUCGCUACUUGGGCGUCUACCACAGGAGCAGGAACAACUGUACAUGAUGUUCCUGGUGUAUACUAAUUUUCUUUUUAUUUUUUCUUUCUUUUGUUUCGUUUUGUUUCUCUCCCAACCCUCUUUUGUUUCAGUGUAUGAUCCACUAGUGACCUGUACCUUGAAUGCCCUGAUCAUCCUAUAUCAUUUUACAAUACAAUUUUAUUUUUUUUUUCUAAAUCUGUUUUGAAGGGUUGUGAUCCUGGGGCAGGUGCAGUCUAUUGGCUUCUUUACAGCUAAGCAUGAGUGCUCUGCCCUGGUUUUGUCUUUCUAGUGAAACAAUCUUUGUACAAUGAAAGCCUACAGCAAGAUGGGAGUGACUGAACUGCCGCUUUCUGACCAUUUUCAAUAUGGGCAACGUUUUGGAGCACGUGAGAUUGUGACCUGAAAAGCAAUCAACACAAUACGUUGUCAUCACACUUAUUACAUGUACAGAAUUAAAAACCACGUUUUAAAAACAAUGCUCAGCUGGUGUGCUUUGUUGGAUGUUUUCAGUGGUUUAAAAAGUCCCCAUUAUGGUGACCAAGGGCAGGGAAGGUUGCAUUAUCCAAGAUUCAUCUUUCUAUCUCUGACUUAACUUUUUUUUUUUUUUUUUUUUUUUUUUUUUUUUUUGAACCACCCCCACCCCUUCCGUAGAGUGGUUACAAAGUCAUGAUGAAGUGAGAGACUGAGGGAUGGCUUCAAAAUGUGAUUUUUUAUAUUAAUCCUAAUCAUACCAUAAUCCUAAUUUAUAACUAUAUUUGAACAAAGGUGGAUCCUAGUGAAGUUCAUGAAAGUGAGGGAUCUGUAUUUGAAUGAGGAUUUGUCCCUUUUCAUCGCAUUGUUUACUCAGCUUCAUUCCUGGCUUUAUUUACUGUACAGUAACAUCACGGUGUCAGUGUAUUCUAAGGUUUACAAUUCACAUCUGUUCUAUUUUUGCCAUAUAACCACAAAUAAAGACCUACAUUUAUUUGUUGA